CACUUUUCAAUGUUUCAUUAAAAUUGCAUAUAAUUUACUUCUUAGUAAGCUAUCUGUAGUAUGACUAUUAAUCGAUGGUUUAAUCUGUAAUACAAUCAGAUGAGAAAGGCUUGCACUAUUUUACACAACUUGGGGAUACUCCCACUCAUUAGAAUGUGGCUUAUUGGAAUGUGGAAAGUAUUCCGAAACCUUGGCAGACCAGUUAAGCUACUCGAGUGAGAGUGACCUCGAGAUGAGUAGGUACAUUUACUAUUGUCACAGUCAUUGUAGUGCUAAUACGGAAAGGAAAAUGAAAACCAAAAUUGUGUCAAUAUUGUUGAUUUUAUUUUUUCUUUAUAAACGUCGAGUAUCCGGAGAACAUGUUGAUAGUGAUAUUUUCAUGACUACUCUGCCAGCUUAUGCCGUUGCGGCUGAGUCGCAGAUAUUGGAAAGUUCAAGUUCAUGUCGAAAUCAAUUGCAAACGUUUCACGAUGCUAUCGACAACAAAGAGCGAUGGAGUCUAAAAAUGUUGGAUGCAAGUGGACAACCAAAAUCCGGGUUUUUCAUUCGAAAUAGAUUUUGGCUUGGAGUCAAGAGCCAAUGUUUGACUCUUCACAAUGAAAAUGUUCAUUCACCACCAUUUCAAGUGAACUAUUAUGCUGCACAUAUUCGAUAUCACCUCGAAAAACCAAUAAUUCAUAAUACAUUGAUAUUGGGACUCUGUUUGCCGGGUGUUUGCACAACGAACAAUUUAAAACAAAUUUUAAAAAAUAUUUUUGAAAAACAGAGCCCGAUAGCUGUGGGCAAUCUUUAUGGAUUGAAUUAUACGCUUGUGAAUGUAAAUGAUCUCAAAGACAACUAUGACUAUCUCAAAAACGGAAUCGCAAUCACGACUAUAAUAAUUAUCAUCAUGUCUUUCCUGGUAAUGAUUAUUGGUACUGCUUACGAUAUCAUCGUGCAUCAAAGAAGAAACGAUGAAAUAAAUAAAAAAUCUGUGAUAAAUUAUUCCAAAAACAAUAGUGUUGUUGAAAGUUCAACUGAAAUCGGCCAACAUAAUUUAACAAUAAAACAAAGUACAUUUUGCCAAAUUCUACUUUGUUUUUCAAUUCACAAAAACACAAAGUUAUUAUUUGAUACCCAAGAAGGAACAGCUUCAAUCCAAAGUGCUCAUGGUCUCAAAGUUAUUUUCAUGGCUUGGAUUAUUUGGUGUCAUGCUUUAAGCUUUGUCUAUGAUUACACUGAUAAUUACAUGUUUCAUUUAACUGUCGAUCCAAAUUUACUAACAAGUAUUAUCUACUACGGUAGUCUAUCAGUUGACACAUUUUUCUUUUUAAGUGGGUUCUUAGUUGUUUAUGUCGUUUACAAUCAAGAAAAUACAAAAAUAGAUCAAGGAAAAGAACCAACACGAUUGUCAUUUGGUUUGGUUUUCAAAUUGAUAUUGAAGAAAUUCAUCAGAAUCGCACCAGCUUAUUUCAUGUCGGUAGGCGUCGCAUAUAUAUGUUUUUCUAUGAUCGAGAAAAGAUCCCAAUUUACCAUGUCCGAGAAAGUAAAAGUUAAUUGUGAAAAAUAUUGGUGGACAAACGUACUGUUCAUUAACAAUUUUUUUAGCUUUGACGAUAUGUGUGGCAGCUGGACCUGGUACUUGCCAAACGACAUGCAAUUUUUCAUAAUCGGAAAAAUGUUGGCUAUUGGUUCAUUAACGUAUUUCUAUACCUGCGCUGCAUUCUGGUCGGCUUUAAUGAUUAUUACAAUAGCCGCGAGCGGUUACUAUUCUUUUUCCAACGAUUAUAGGUUUUCUAUGUUUAUGGAGAAAAGAGAUUUUUUGUAUAAAUCACCAGUUGCACGAAUUGGUCCGUAUUUGGUCGGUAUUGCUGUUGCAUAUAUUUUAUUUAGAAUGAAAAAAAAUUGCGAUUUAAAUAUGAUAACAAACUAUAUUCUCUGGUUUCUAGCAAUUGCUUCACUUGUCGGAAGUACUUGUUUAUAUGGUAAUAUUUCAUCAGUUUUUGGAGUAGCAAUUUAUGUUGCAUUGGCCAAAACCAUCUGGGGGUUGGCCAUUGGCUGGAUAAUUGUGGGUUGUGCGACUGGCAAUGGAGGCUUGGUAAACAAAUUUUUGUCAAUGAAGAUGUUUGUACCAUUGAGUAGGCUGACCUAUUGCGCUUACUUGAUCAAUCCAAUUGUCAUUUUCUUAUUGCACUUCGAUGCUGAUGUGCCUGUACACAUUGACAUGGUAUUACUAGUGCCACAUUUUAUAGGAGUAACCGUUGUCACAUUCUUCUUUUCUUAUAUUUUUUAUAUAAUGUUCGAAACGCCUUAUACAUUACUUUUGAGAAUGUUUACAGUAUAAUCCCCGAUAAAAUCAUUUUUCAAACCAUUGAAAAAAUAUAUAUAUUUAUCAUUAAUGUAACUAAGUAACUACAGUAAAGCUCCUGGUAAAAGAAAAUGUACCCAAGAUUAAAACCGACAAUGUUAUAAAUAUACUGUUUAAGUGUAAAACAAUAUAUAAUAAAUAUUUCAUAUAAAUUUACUUAUUAUAAGUUCUAAAUUAUAACCCAUACGCUAUUGAUUUAAGCACAACAAAAUCAUUUUUU